CGCCGAGAGCAGUGCCGCGAGAACCAGGCGCGAUACCGCAGGAGGCAGCACGAGCACCUGUUGAAGAUGGAGACCGACACCGCUACGCUGCGCGUGCAAGGUGUCCGUACGCAAACUGUCUGGGGCGUGGCAGCGGAGUUCCUAGGCCUCUUCAAGCACGGUAUUUCCACCGCCACCGUAGCGACUUUGGGGACUACUGGAUACCAUAGUCUCGAGGCCUCAAACGCGCAGCUCGACUUUCUGCGGGCCAUGAUGACACCAGACGUCACCGACGGCAGUGUAUAUGGGAUCGACGCACUCCUGGAGCGCUGGCGGCUCUACUCGCUCUACCACAGCAAUCUUGACAUCGAGCUCGAGCGCCUGGAAAUGGGCGCUCCCAACACCGUCAUUGCAACGACUCGAGUGAGCAUGACCAUCACCGAGAGCACGCUUUACCACGCGUUUCGCCACCUAUUCAAUGGGAACGCCUCGCACAGUGAACGUCUUGUUGCGAAGCUGCUGGGCCAACACGUAACAAUGAGCGGCUCGGUACGCUUCGGAUGGGACGACACAUGCGGCCGAGUCCACAGUCUUGAGCACUCUGCAGAUAUGCUGACGCCGAUGCUGAAGCUGCUGGGCAACCUUGAAGAUGUUGCAUUCGUGUUCAGUCGAGCACGUAUCACCCCCGACGACAAUGUUCUG